UGUAGACGGGUGUGACAGCAGUAAGGUGUUUCCCUCGAACAACAAGCAUCUACAGCGAUGCCGCCUUCUCAAAAGGAAGGAAGGGAUUAGAAAAGAUCGACCCUAAAAAUGUCACGCCUCACAUUACCUCACGGAUUUCCGCCUCUGGCGGUAAGGCCCUUUGAAGAAAGGAGCUAACACGUCAAAAACUUCCUACAAAAAGGCCGUGCGUGACCGGCCUCAAUCAGUUGUCCCCUGGGCUCUGUGGUCACGUUCCAGGGUCGUUAAGACCAACACUAAUCCAACUUCUUUUUCAGGUCUCUCAAGAAAUACCCUUCCACGGUGUGGGUAGCCGGGAAGUGUUAUCGACCCUCAUACUCGCAACAACACACGAUACCAAGUUGGUCACAAUCAAAUCCUUCCUACACCUCCUAAUAAUUCUCUUAUCUCCACGACUAACCCUUCUCACGUCCCUUUAUCACCUCUCACCGCUAGAGCAAACGAUUCGAGUACACGGAACGUUAUUUUUGGUCUCCUGAAAGCACACUCUAAACUACAUGUAGGAACUUUUAACGUACGAAUACAGUGCCAAUUAGGACAACAGGCUUCCUUAGCUAGAACUUUAGAAUCUCGCACCAUCGAUGUGUGCUGCGUCUCCGAAACGCGCAUACAGGAUCCGAGUAGCGUUAUUCAUUUGACCUCAUCAUGUCAAAAUAAAGAACCAACUUGAUUCACACUUCGUGUAUCUGAAAGCCAUGAUUCUGCUUCCCGUGGCCGCGCUGGCGUAGCUAUAGCAUUGAGUUCUAGGGCAGAACUAGCUCUUUUGGACUGAGUCUCAGUAAACAGUCGUUUGUGUGCUGUUCGACUAAACGGAACAGUAAGGACUCGGAAAGAUAGGGACACUCGUCGUUGCCUCUUCGUCGUCUCUGCCUACUAUCCCAUUGACUGCCGCUCAGAUGAUGUGAAAGAUGAGUUUUACAGAAACCUUUCCGACCUUCACCGAAAAGCUAGGCUCCCUGAUGUAGUAAUAGUGGCUGGCGACUUCAAUGCUCAAGUAGGUAAAGUAAGCGACGGGGAAAAACACCUUGGUGUCAUGGCUCAAAGAACAGAUAAUGGCGAUGGUCUAUUGCAACUAUGCUCAGAUAACCAACUGUUUCUUGCAAAUACUAACUUAAAGCACAAAACAUAGCGAACCCCGAAUUCGUCCCAACGUUGGACCCAACUAGAUCACAUCGCCAUCAGCCACGGAUGGAGGGGCUCGAGAGGAAACUGUCGCUCAUUUUGGAACACAUGCAUAGAUUCAGAGACUGCUCUAGUGUGAGUACAUAUCUGUCUGCGUCAUACUGGACGUAGGAAAGACACUGAAAAGAAACCUCUUAGCGUUCUACUUAAUGAUAGCCAAGCUAAAAAUAUAUUUCAGAAACUAGAAAAACAGUUAGGCAGCCAUGUAAGUUGUGCCCACCUUGAGGCAGCUUGGAAUGAAUUACGUAUAGCUGUGGAAACAGCAGUGAUAUCUGCUAAUACGGUAAACCAUAAGGUUAGAGAGAAACACUGGAUUACAGAAGCAUCUACCGCACUGAUAGAUGCUCGAAAACUCAUCCCAUCUGGCUCUGAACAUAACGCAAAGCGGAGUCAGCUUAAGCGCAGGCUAAUAAGGGGCCUACGCAAUGAUCGCGGACAGUAAUGGGUAGCGAAAGCAAAAGAGAUGGAAAAGGCAGCGGCAAUAGGUAACAACAGAGUGAAUAUCAAUAUCAACACCUGAUUCUUGUUUAAUUUUGUCAUUGACAUGCUUUUAGAGAUAACACUUUCAUCAUCUCAAUCUCCAGGAGUUGAACUUUUACCGGGAGGCUCACUUGUUGACUUAGAAUACGCCGACGACAUAAUUUUAUUUGGUGAAGACGCUGACAAAAUGCAGAGUCUUCUGACCACUAUAAGCAACUAUGCAGGCAUGUUCGGGAUGCGAUUCUGCCCCUCGAAGUGUAAAAUGUUACUUCAGGAUUGGGUUGCAUUGGCACCUGAACUAAUGAUAGGGAGUGAAGUAGUUGGACGUGUUGACUGCUUCACUUAUCUUGAGAGUCUCAUCAGCCCUUGUGGUCUGGUGUGUGACGAAAUCUCAGCACGGAUACAGAAGACUCGUCUAGCUUUCGCCAACUUGCAUCAUUUAUGACUUGGGCGAGAUGUUCAUCUACCAACCAAAGGACGGGUUUACUGCGCAACAGUUCGUUCCGUCCUACUUUAUGGCAGUGAAACAUGACCGAUAAGAGUAGAGCAUAUUUGUAGACUGCUAGUAUUCGAUCAUAGGUGUCUUCGAAGCAUUGCUCGUAUAUCCUGGGGCCACCGAGUAAGUAAUGUAGUUGUUAAGAAACGGGUACUAGGUAAGGAUGGCAAAUCGAUUGAUGAAGUAGUGAAACUUCAGUUGAGCUGGCUGGGACACGUGUUACAUAUGCCCAACCACCGACUGCCCCGACGUGCGAUGUUUUAUGGCGUAAGAGUAGGUUGGAAGAAAGCUAGGGGCGGCAAGACGAAAAUGUGGCACAAAUCCAUGAAGUCACUGACAAUUGUACUGAGCCAUGUUGGUAGGUGUAUCCCAGCUCUCACACAAAUUGAAUGAUUUAUGUGACUCAUAUCUAUUUGUUGCUUUCUUGUACCAAUGUUUAUGUAUUUAAAUAAACAAAUAUAAUACUGCCCGCGUGCCCAGACCGAAACAGGCGGUUUUCUUAAGGGGCCACACUCGGAGCCUUUGACCCUAAAGGUCUAAUCUACAAGGUAGUCGGGCAACUUAGGGAGAUGCAGUCCCAUGGUAGCCGGUGACCAACGAUUGGUUCAUACACCAUUCGCUCCUUAAGCAUCCUGGAGCCUAUGUGCACCAAUGGUUUGGAAUCAGGGUUUUCCAACUGCCUCAGGUGGGCCCUCCGUGUCCACCGACCCGGUUAAAGCGUCAGACAUUUGCUUUCCGUUUUCUCAAUUUUGUGAGCAAUACCCCCGCCGCGAGAAGGCAAUGAGUAUGACUUCUUUGGCAGUAGUUGUAUGCACGUGGCCAUAUGAGAGCAUUUCGAGAGGGAGAGCUGACUUUUCCCACUCUCGGCCGCACCAGGGCAUUUGGUGGCAUGUCGAUGUAAAGGAAUUUCAAUUUAUAAGGUAUGGUAAAUCUCAAAAUACUUAUCCAAGAACCUUGGAACUUUGCGCUGAUAAUUCUCUGUCAGCGACACAAUGCAACCGUCAAAGCUGUUGUAGUUCGUCUGGAGCUAUCUAGGCAAUCUUAAGGAAAAAGCCCUGUUUUAGAUAGAUGUCUGUGAGAUAGACAGUUUGCCAAUAUUUAUACCUAAUAGUGUGGAACAGCUAGAAGUUGUUCUUUUUUCCCUAGAAAGUUCAUCGUUAACAUUUUGUGAUCUAUGUUUUUUAACACCAACCCUCUUGGUUUACAAAACGGCAAGCCCAAGUAACGUGAUCAGACUCUUUUUGAGAAUCGACUAGAUUUUUCAAGGAAUGAUGGUAAAUUAAAUCUAUCAUCUAAAAUUAAGAUCUUGUUUUAAUGGUAUUCAUAAGGGGUAAAUGUAGCAUGUGUGAAGAGUACUAGGCAAUUGAUAAUAGUUAUAAUAGUAGUAAUAAUAAUAAUAAGUCGUAUAUUCAUGAUAUCCAAGUGAAUAGACAUUUGGACUUCAGACGUUUCAUGACUUUAUGUAAAUCACUUCUCCAGAGUAAACAACUGAAUAAUUUUGUUAUUUAUUUACUUUGAAGAAGUGACUUAGAUCAAGUCACAAAACAUCCGAAUUCCUAAUGUCUACUCAUUUGAACAUCGCAAAAGUAUAAUUCAUUUAUGGGUAUUAACCUUCUACACAGUUCUCAAUUUAUUUGAAACUCAAGUUCAAUCUUUGUAUUGAUACCUACUAACUAAUCAAUCUGUUAAAUCUCAAUCGUUGGCGCUCUACAUUCCGUUGACUUUGGUAAACCCUAGAAAGAUUAUAAUAUCAAGAUGUACCCAUUUGUGUAGCAGGAUUUGUAGGGAUUCUCGAUCUUCAUGUUACUAGUCUAGUCUGACAGUAUUUUCGUGUUAAUUUAAUUCUACUUUUUCGUCUUGUAGUAUACUUGUGUUUUUAAGUUGCUUCAUAUGCAUUUGCUUGCUUUUGCCACAAAACUAAAGUAUAGUGUAUACUUUGAUUUUCAGAUACACAUUUGUUAAAAUAUCAUACCUGCCGAACUUCGAUGUUGUUCUUAUAGUUUUACCAAACAUAUGGAUUUUACUUUUUCGGAUAUUCUAACUAGUUCCAUUCGCCUGUGUCCAAGAUACUGUAGAAGAAUCAAUAACUCCGUUGGUACUGUAACUUUCGGAAAACCCAGUGAAACAAUCGAAGGUCCAGUUUUUGAUUCAACAAACUUUCCCGAAGUCUAUGACAUACCAAUCAAAUCAAGUCAAAGGCUUGGUGAGCCCACUAGUAAACCGCAUAUUGAGAAGGUUACGCUACCCACUACUAUAUUUAACGAUAAAAAUAUGCAGACCAUAAAUAUUAACAUUAAUGAUGCAAAUCACGUCUUUCAACAGCGUAUCGAUCCUUCUCUAGCAAAUACUAGCCUUGAUGAGAACUGUUCGGAUGGAAAACAGUUGCAUACUUUCAAAAAACUACAACAAAUUCAACCUAACGGAGAUAUUUGGCCUCCUCUGGUAAUCAAUUCCCAUCCAGAGUUGGUUCUUCAAUUCAAUCCUCCCGUCGGACUUUUAAUUUCGCUUCUUGAGAAUACGAACAAAAAGUCUGAUUAUUUGUAUGAUAAGAAUGUCCGUGAACUAACUAUUGAUUCAGAUAAGAGUUCUUUAGACUCAGUGAUCAUGACACCAGUAACACAAUCAGAAAGUUCAUCUAAGUCAGAUCAUGUGUCUCCUGGCAUAACAAUAGCUCUCACUCGAAAUCUCCAUGUUCGUGUUCAUCCAACUGAAUUAAAUUGCUGUUUGAGGCAAUCAGCUUGGUGUUUCUCAUCGAGUGGCUUUUAUCAGUUUGGUCAAGAAGAAAUCGUAAUUCUGUUACGUAGACGUUUUGAUGAAAGACUACCACCAAUGGAGAUAUUUUAUCAAUACUGGCUUAUAUAUCAAGCUUUAGUGAAUUAUGCUGAGAAACAAGUUAAAAGUGAUGUUAAUUUCGAAUCUUUCAACUCUCAAACGUAUAAUAGACCCUUCGGUUCAGCACCAUUUCGUUCACAUGAUUGUUUCUUUGAAAAACUUUACUUUGCAAACGAUCGUUGUUCUAGUUCACCAUGUACUGACUCAGAUAUGUCAAAUGGUUACUGUUGGCUUAAUUCCAGAUCUUUAACAAGUAGUAUUUAUGGAAGUAGCAACCCAUAUGGAUUCGUAUUUUUCCAUCCAACUCACCAGUGUUUAUUAGGUCUACAUCUACCGAAUCCACCGUUUUUAAUCGCUCUACUAGUGCAUAUACAAGAAGCACCUUGGGCAUAUCAUUUACCGAGUAGAAUUUUAUUGAAUCUAGGCAAAAUGUCACAUUAUUAUCCAACUACUUUGUUAUCCGAUCGUGAUCGCAAGAUUUUAUUUGAUUGUAAACUAGACGGAGAAAGCUUCUUACAAUUAUUCACUAAUAUAAAACCAUUUAUCUAUCCAGAUUUCAUGACAUUUACGCCUAAACAAAGAUGUAUCCCAUUACCAGAAUUAUUAUUUCAUAUAAAUGGAUUCUAUGCACAUUUGAAUGUAGUUAAAAGUGAAUCGGAUACGAAUAUUACUACACAUAAUAAUGGUAUCGAAGAUGUAAUUGUGGAGCUUCUAAUACCCAUGUCUUCAUGUGCUUCUGUGGCUAGAUUUCUGGACUCGAGUGUUAUGGAGUCAAUGACAUUUGCCCUAUCAGCCGAUUGUAACCCGAUGUCCGAUUCCCAUUUAGUUUGUUCGCAGUCAAAAAUACUACUCAAGGAGUCUAAAGACAACCACAAUAAGUUAAUUUGUCAGAAUGUGACCAAUUCACAAAUGGUCUCAAAUCUAAAUUAUUUUACUGAUCAAAAUUGUUCUCAGACCUUCGAGACUGAAGCUAUUUCAAUUGAAAAUACAAGACUCAAGGUAACUGGUGUGAGCUUUGUAGCGUUUUCUGGUCAUGCACGAUAUUGUAGUGCAGUAAUCGUCGAGGAUGGAAUAUAUAUUUCUAUGACAAGUUUAAAAUUUCACCAGCUAGUCAGUAGUUUGAAAGGUGGUCACGAUUUAUCAAUUCCUAUACGAUCAAGUUGUAACAUCCCACCAUCUGCAAUAGUAGAACACAUCAGUGGUGAUUUUGGAGAUAAUAUUUCGAAUCGCGAUCUUCUUAAUGGAAAUGUUGCCUCAUCAGUUCACGUAAAGUGGUUUAAAGUGUUUGAUUCAUUUUUGUCAAGUGCUUCAUUUAGCACUACCGUUACUCCAUGUUACACUAAUUCUGCCAGCAUAUGGGACUUGGAACCUAUUACUACAUUCUUAGUGCCAGUACAUUACCAACUAUGGCACUGGAUACAUCUAAAUGAAAAUAUUAUUCCAAGCAGCGAAAGUCGAUUAAGUUCUUUACCGACUACCAAGUCAAGUGAUCCACCUUUUUUACGAUUGGCAUGGAUUCGAUUUCAUGUGUUAAACGUUGAUCAAGUGGAAUUUAUUAGUACAUCCUCAAGUAAAGCAGUGACUUUUGGACAUUUUUCUAAUGAAGUAGCUGAAUGUGUAAUCAAAGCGCUUCGACCUUACCUUGGUCAUCUUCUAAACAAUAACCGUACACAAAUCACACUGCGCAUUCUGUUACAACCACCAGAUCAGGUUGGCUAUCGGAUGGGUGCUUCAUGUCAGGAAGUAUACACACUUCACAAUCAACUAGAUUCAUCGAAUGAUCUUGAAAAUACAAGCUGUGAGAAUUGUGAAGAAACGUAUGCUGACGCACUAGACGAUAUAUUAUUGCCUGUUUUAUCUUCAUGGAAUAGUUGCUUAAAAAUCGUCGAUCCAAAUAUGAAAGAAUUCGAACAACGCCGCUCACCGGGUACUUCUGAUUUUUGUUAUCAUCCAAAUGAAAUAAUUCAGAUGGAAUUUGAUUUUUGCAUUUUAAACUGAGGUUAUGUAAGCUAGGAAAGUAUGUUAGAUAUAACAUUGUAUCAAACAAUCUGUUCCCAAUUAUUCGCAUCUUUCCUUCUUAUUGUUCGUCCCGCUUUUUUGUUAUUCUGUUUGAUUGAUCCAUCAAUUAGGUGACCUCGAGUUAGUAGCAUAUUUUUCGACCAGAAUUUAUCUGCUACUCUCCCAAGCCAGUGUUUCCUAUUUUCUCUGUUUAUUUACGAAGUGAUUUACAUGUUGACCUCCAUUCAUUUAUUGUGAAAACUUGUAUCUGUGACUCAUAGUUUCUUAUUUUCGUUGUUAACUAAUUUCGAUUUGAAUUACCAUGAAAUAGUUUAUUAAGCG